GGUGCUGAAACUUAACUAUCGAAGAUUCACGGCAUUCCCCUACAAACACCCAAGGAGUAGCUGAGUGCUUUGUAGUUUUUAUACAUGUUCGAUUCGGGUUCGAUCUCUUGCUGUUAGAAACCCUAAUUUCAGCAUUUGAAAUCCUCUGUUUGUAGCGAAACCUAUGAUCUGUGUGCUUCUUGCAUGUUCGUUGUUGGGUGAACGUGGCGAAGCUUCCGUGUGAUAGAAUGGAGGGAAUGACGUGAAGCUUAGAGUUUAUUUGUCGUAUAUGGCAUUGAUAAUUGCUCAUUUGCAGCGGAUUAUUCCUCCCGCGGGUUAUGCUCACAAUGUGGAGCACAAUUCCUGGGGUUUGGGCAGUGUUGGGGUUCAUCAUCUCUCGGAAACAGUCCAUAGAAGAUGCAACCCUGGGGUUUCAAUUGCGUCGCAUUCGAGAGCCAUCGAAAUAGCUUCUGUGGACCGACGAGGAGCCCGUCCUGUUGCUGAUUUGCAUUGCAGUGUUGAGAAUGGCAACGCUUGCUCUGCCAUUGAAAUUCCUAUUACUUGUUACCAGCUUGUUGGUGUUCCUGAUCAAGCUGAGAAAGAUGAGAUUGUUAGGUCUGUGAUGGAACUGAAAACUGCGGAGGUCGAAGAAGGUUAUACCAUGGAUGCUGUUGUAUCUCGGCAGGAUCUUCUAAUGGAUGUACGGGAUAAGCUUCUCUUUGAACCAGAAUACGCUGGUAAUAUGAAGGAAAAAAUCCCACCUAAAGCUUCUCUUCGAAUUCCGUGGACUUGGUUGUCUGGUGCCCUUUGCCUCCUUCAAGAGCGUCGUAGUUUGCGAAUUACAAUAAAGCCGUUGAUUGUGGAUGAUGGAUAUUAUGGGAUCUGGAAUCCUUUGAUUCAGGUUGGAGAAUUGAAGCUUGUCCUAGAGAUUGGCCGUAAAGCUCUCCAGCAUCCAGAUGUUAAACCAUAUGUUCAUGAUUUGCUUCUAUCUAUGGCACUGGCAGAGUGUGCAAUUGCAAAGAUUGGUUUCGAGAAGAACGACGUGUCCCCAGGAUUUGAAGCUCUUGCUCGUGCUCAAUGUCUUCUCAGGAGCAGAGUAUCUCUUGGUAAAAUGACAUUGUUGUCUCAGAUAGAAGAAUCCCUGGAGGAACUUGCGCCUGCUUGCACAUUGGAAAUAUUGGGUAUGCCUUGCACACCAGAGAAUGCUGAACGGAGAAGAGGAGCUAUUGCAGCCUUGCAUGAAUUGCUCAGACAAGGUCUUGAUUGCCAAACUUCAUGUAAAGUCCAGGAUUGGCCGUGCUUCUUGAGCCAAGCACUUAAUAGGCUCAUGGCUACAGAAAUAGUUGAUCUUUUACCAUGGGAUAGUUUAGCUGUUACUCGGAAGAAUAAAAAAUUACUCGAAUCACAGAAUCAAAGGGUCGUUAUUGAUUUUAGUUGUUUCUACACGGUGUUAUUAGCUCAUAUUGCUCUUGGAUUUUUGCGAAAGCAGACAGAUUUGAUUAGCAAAGCAAAAACUAUAAGUGAAUGUUUAAUAGCAUCAGAAGGUAUUGAUCUAAAAUUUGAGGAAGCCUUUUGCUUAUUCCUUCUUGGAGAGGGGGAGGAGGCAGAUGCCAUUGAAAAGCUGCGACAGCUCGAAUUGAAUUCAAACUCAACUUCUCAACAUUCUGUUCCAGAAAAGGAAAACAAGGAUGUUUCUGGUACCAACCCAAUAUUGGAAAUAUGGCUUAAGAAUGCUGUGCUUGGUGUGUUUCCAGAUACACAGGAUUCUGCUCCUUCUUUGGUUAACUUUUUCAGUGUUGAAAAGCAAAAUCUUAGGAAGAGGCAAAGUAGAAGAGCUCCACAGACAAUGCCUGCUGUUUCUCACAGACCACUGUGCGCUAGUCUUGCAUCUAAUCAAAGAGAUAUUGAAGAACCUUUUCGCUAUAGAAAUUCAUCUCUGCAUCUUGGGGCUGCUGUGAAGCCUUUGGCUCUGGCUGACUUACAAAACCCAUUGAUGCUGGACAAGGAUGCAAGUAGAGGCAAUAUUAGCAUAUCAGCUGUUCAACUGAAAAGAAAUCUUGGUGCUCACCAUAACAGAGUUUGGGAAAGCUGGUUAGCCUCUAGAGAUAUGAUUGGAAGGAUAAUCGUUGGUGCAGUACUGGGGUGUAUUGUGUUUGCUACCUUUAAUUUUUCGAGCAUGAAAAUUGGGUGGAUGAGGGUAUCUAGAUGGGAUUCCAAGCCCAACAUGUAUGCAAGCUCCCUAACCUCCUCAAUGCCAGUUUCUUCAGCAGACCACAGUCUGAGGCCUGCUUGCAUUGAUGGAAGUAGUAUUCCCGGCCAACUUAAGAAGCUGUUGGCAGUAGUUAAAGCACAUCUCAGGAACCGCUUCACUGCUGGCAAUCUGCAAAGUUCCUGUCGUGCUUCUAGUCCAACAUCCUCUAUGGCAGCAUUAUACAGGAGGCCGAUGCCUAUUGAAGAAGCAGAAGCUCUUGUUAAGCUAUGGCAAUCCAUUAAAGCUGAAGCUCUUGGGCCAAGCCAUCAAAUUCAUAGCCUCUCUGAAGUUCUUGAUGAAUCAAUGCUUGUUCAGUUUGAAGCAUUGGCAGAUGCAGCGAAAGCAAGGUCUUGCUUCUGGAGAUUUGUUUUGCUUCAACUGUCUGUUCUGAGAGCGGACAUUUUAUCGGAUAAGGCUGGUGCUGAAUUGGCGGAAAUUGAGGCUUUCCUACAGGAAGCAGCGGAACUUGUUAGUGAAUCUCAGGAUAGGAACCCAACAUAUUACAGCUCCUAUAAAAUAUGUUACAUCCUGAGAAGGCAAGAUGAUGGUUCCUGGAAGUUCUGCGAAUGUGAUAUUCAAACCCCUUGAUUUCCAGAGUGGCCGUGGGAAACAUUUGCCACCCAUGAUGACUGACUUCCUGCUAGUGCUACCAUGCUGAUUCUAUUAUCAGUCUUUCUUUGCUUGCAGAGGGACCUGCAGAAUUGAAAGUGACCUCAAAUUUUAUUUUAUUUUUUUUCCCUUUUUGUGGCUCGUUGUUUUUCAUUUCUCUUAGGAAAGAAAAAAAAAAAG